UGUGCGUCUAUGUGUGUGAGAGAGUAUAAGAGCAUUGUUUAAGUGUGUCUAUUUGUCAGAAGUGCGUGUAUGUGUUAGAUGGUGUGUUCUUGUCCUUGUAGGACAUGCCAAGGCUGAAGGACAUCUUAAAACAAUAAGAACUUCUAAUCUUUGUGCUGCACCCACUCGGGCAUCAGAGAGAGAGAGAGAGAUAGAAAGAGACCGAUCUAGAUAGAAGCUGAGAUAAACUAAGAGACUCUAAUAGAGAUGAGGACGAGGAGAACUCGACAGGUGGGUCCAUAAAAACAGCAGGAGCUGCUCUGUUUUGCCCGGUGGCCAUGUCAGUGCAGCCAUCUUGUUUUGCCGAGGGCCAAUUCUCUCAGCUGAGAGGGAAUGACAGUUGAUGGACAAUUUCUCAUUCCCUCCCGGUGGAAUGUUCUAGAACUCAGCCUUAACAUCUCCUUCUUCUGCCCUGAAGCGGCAUAAGCAUCAAUUGACACUUUUCCAACCCUCUUCUAAUAAACUGGAGAACAAACUCACAGCCUUUUAGAUGUCCACGGAUAAGUGGUACGACCAGAGACAUUAACCCUCAGAGAAGGUAGGUGUUGUCUGAGGACUGAACCCUCCCCUGGGAGAAGCUUCACUUCACUGGGCAGACAUGGGCUAGUUGUGGGGUGGGGGUCGAGAGAGAGAGAGUGCACCAUGUCUGUGACCCACCUGGAGCUGGAGCUCAGCUACGAGGGCCGGCGACUGCGGGGCUUCACCUGUAAGCUGACGCGCUGCGCCGAGGGAUACGUGCCCGAGACGGCCACUCACAUCGCCGCCCAGGUGCUGCUGCCGUACCUGCUGGCCGGCCUGGGCAUGGUGGGGGCAGGGAUGCUCAUGGACACCGUGCAACACUGGGACGUCUUUAAGGAGAUCUCGGAGGUGUUUAUCUUGGUGCCUGCUUUGGUGGGACUGAAGGGGAACCUGGAGAUGACCCUGGCCUCCCGACUCUCUACUGCAGCCAACACAGGGCAGCUGGAUGACCCAAAGCAGCAGUGGAGAAUGGUGUGCAGCAAUCUGGCUCUCAUUCAGGUGCAGGCGACGGUGGUGGGCCUGCUGGCGGCAGUGGGGGCGGUGGCUCUGGGAGCGGUGGGCAGGGGGGCCGUCCAGCUGGAUCAUGCGGCCGUGCUCUGUGCUAGCAGCGUCAGCACCGCCUUCAUCGCAGCCCUCUCUCUGGGGCUGGUGAUGAUCGGAGUGAUCAUUGGCUCACGGAAGGUUGGCAUCAACCCCGACAACGUAGCCACCCCUAUCGCUGCCAGCCUUGGGGACCUCAUCACCCUCUCUCUACUGGCUGGGGUCAGCAGCUUCCUCUUCCAGGUUAAAGAGAUGUGGUACCUGUCCCCCAUCGUGUGUGGCUUCUUCCUGUCUCUAAUCCCUCUCUGGUUGGUCGUCAUCCGCAGCAGCCCACCAAUCAGGGAGGUGCUGCGAUCCGGGUGGCAGCCCGUCAUUAUGGCCAUGUCAAUCAGCAGCAUUGGUGGGCUGAUACUGGAUAAGACCAUGAGCGAUCCAAACUUUGAGGGCAUGGCGGUCUUCACUCCGGUCAUUAAUGGGGUCGGGGGAAACCUGGUGGGCAUCCAGGCCAGCCGCAUCUCCACCUACCUGCACUUCUGGAGUGUCCCGGGGGUCCUGCCCCACAACAUGAGGCAGCAGUGGCCUGACCCCUGCGUGACCUUUUGCACGUCAGGAGUGAACUCCACCUCAGCGCGAGUUCUCAUGGUGUUGGUGGUCCCAGGUCACCUGCUGUUUCUCUACACCAUCUACCUGUUCCAGGGUGGCCAUGCGUCAAUCACACCCACCUUCACCUGCUGCUACCUGUGCGCUGCCCUCCUACAGGUGGUGAUCCUGCUGUAUCUGGCGGACCUGAUGGUGCGCGGCAUGUGGAGCCGGGGGCUGGACCCCGAUAACUUCUCCAUCCCGUACCUAACGGCGCUGGGGGACCUGCUGGGGACGAGCCUCCUGGCCCUCAGCUUCUGGGUGGUGCUGAUGACCCAGGGGGCCAAGCCCUGAGAGGGGGCGCCACUGAAGAUGGAGAGAUGGAGGAGGAGAAGAAACCUUUGGGAGAAAUAGCCAAGGAGAGCAAGACAGUAAGAGAGAGAAAGAAAGAGAUAGAAGGUGACUGAGAGAGAGAAAGAAAGAAAGAGAGAGGAGUGUUGGCAAGACAGUAAGAGAGAGAGAGAGAAAGAGAGAGAGAAAGAAAGAUAGUAGGUCACUGUGAAAGAAAGAAAGAGAGAGGAGUUGGCAAUAGCCACAGAGAGAAGAGAGGGAGUAAAAGAUGAGAAAGAAAACAAGAAAGUGAAUAAAUGGAACUGGAGAACAGUUGCUGGUGUCUACCUAAGCAGAAGAGCACCAGUCCAGAUAACGUUGGCCCCCCUCCUCCGCCAAAUGAACGCUUCCUAGUGGACAGUCCCGAUAUCAGCGUCCGCAUCGCCCCUGAUGCCCACUGCUCACGCGGAGGCACCGGACACAAGCUUUUGCUGCGACAGAGGACGACACAUGGGAGAAGCACCACGACACCAGAUGCUACAUGAUCUGCCACAAUGCUCGUCACAGGCAAAUAUACAAUAUAUACUCUAUGAUAUGUUGUGCAGGCUAUAGACAAGCUUGGUGUAUCCAGUCCACUGCCUAGUGUAAGGUGUUAGCACAUACGCUCUACAGCUAAGUAUUGUACAGCAAUGCUAACUCCAUUGUCCUGUCGAGAAUUUGUGAAAAUCGCAACCGAGUUUGUUGUAAAUGCUUACAGUGUCAAUGCACAGUAUUGAAGCAAUAAUGGUGUAUGUUAUGGGCAAAAGUGUGUGAGCACGUGUGUAGCUACUGCUUUAAAAUGUCAACCAUCCCUGUCAGAUGAGAAAGUAGACAUAGUCUAUAAUCAGAGUAUACUAUUUUAAUUUCAAGCGAGCAAGUAUUUUUCUAGAACUAACAUAGAAGGUCAGAAUAUUUUUGAUAGUCCGCCAUCCAGUCAUGUACGCUUUUCUUUCUUGUAUCCUGUAGUUUCUGAUGUCAUUGAGUUGACUGUAAUAAGAUAAUGCACUAUACUGCCAAAGUAUUGAUCCAUGGCCUAUGGACAUGUUUAGAUAUUGUGGGAGAGUUCAAUAUUUUCAAGAUAAAGCUUUUUAAACAUUCAAGUCAUAUCAUCGUACUGUAUGUUGCAAAAUAGUGCAUGUUCUCUCGGAAAAAAACAUACUUAUAUGCAAUUUCAUCUGCACUGGGUUUGAUUCUAAUAAUGUGCACAUGCUGUUACUAUAUGACUAUGAAUAUGCACUGAGCUAGCUAUGUCUCCAUCAAACAAGGCUGGCUUCAAACAAUUACUACUCAAAGACUUGGAGCAUGCAAAGCUUGUCUUGCUGCACUGUACUGCAUUCUGUGCUGUGGGACUGACAAUAAAUGUGCCAGUUGUACUGUAGUGGUUGUUCUCCGGCCCCAUAGGAGGAAGGUCUUAUCUUAUCUCCGUGGCAUUUCCUGUACUCAAAGCGAGCCUGAUGCAUGCUGGGUAGGAUGAGAAUAGAAGUAGAUGGAUGCUUCUUUCAGAGGGGAUUCUUUCUCUCUGGAACAUGCA